AUGGACUGGAAUUCGCAUAAAGCAAAAGAAAUAGCCAAGAGUCGAAACGAGGGCUACGACCAAGGGAAGAAAGAUGGUUACGAGACAGGGCGCAGGGUGGGAUCGAACGAGGGUAGGAUGAGUGCCCUAACACUAUUAGAAACAACGAAAGAGAGGGUGGGGAAAGAUGAGGGAUAUGCCAACGGCUACAACAACGGACUUGCGGCAGGACACUCACGAGGCCAUCAAAAAGGACAUGCGAAGGGUAGACUCGAAGCCUUUUCAGAAGCUAGUGCAGUGGAGUUUGGAAAGGGCCAUGAUGAAGGGUAUGAGAAAGGUUGGGGUGGGGGUUACAAUGAAGGUCACGGAGAGGGCCGUCGCGCUGGGCAGGAGGAAGGCAAAACCGAAGGCCACGACAAAGGGUACUAUAAGGGCUACGGAGAUGGCCAUCUAGAAGGUCAAAAACUGGGCAAAAUAGAAGGUCACGACGAAGGUUACGACGAAGGGUGGCUAAAGGGAGUUUUGCACGCCGAAAAGAAUUCGAAGACCAAGCUCAGGGAGCAUUUCUGUAGGGGAUUUCAUGAGGCUAUGCUCAUGUCCAGCACCUUACCACCGCCAUUCUUGAACAAUGACCGCACUCCGAACAAGUAUCAUCCAUACUGGCGCGGUAGAAGUGUGGCGGGUUAUAUCAGAACCCAUGACCUUGUAUCAGACAUAAACUCCCCAUGGUUCAGUGCCCAUGGAUCCAUGGUGCACCCCUUAACGCUACUUCGAACUUCGCCUCAGCCACUCUCUUACUUUGCUGGCGUGAAUGAUGGAACACUCCACUACAACAAACCUUAUAUCCCCGUACCGAAUUGGAUCCCCUGGGCAGACUGUGCAAGUUGUUGUGCUUGCCACGAACUCUUGUGGUGA